AUGGGUCCUGCAGGGAAUUUCAAUCUGGUGAAGGUUAUAUUAAGCAUUUUAUUUAUGUUUACGCUGAGUAUAUUAAUAUGGUAUUUGCUGCCUUGUUCAGUCCUCACUCAGUACGGGGUUCCCCGAACUGCCACCAUCGAUAGUGAUAAGGGCAUACAGACAUUGAUAGUCGGUAAUCUAAUUCUGGAUGGGGGCCAAUUUGUGAUUAAGAAUCGCUCUCAUUACGACAGGCUACGAGUCUCAUACGGUGUUGGUGAAGAUUUUAUCGAUGGUUUUAAGGAAUGUAGCGUGCCUUCCCGUGUGUCGGACGAUAUUGUUGACACUGUUUGCGUUGAAAUCCCAAACAAGAUAAAGUUGACAGUAACUCAUUCGCGUUAUGAUUUGAUAGAUUGUUACGAUAUCGAAUGGACAUCAUUGUCGUGUGGUGUUAUACCAAUGGAUUGUAUGCACAUGUCCAAUUCACACUGGUACGGUGGGUCGGCUAAUGUGUAUCAGCAAUGGCCCAUUGAACGCCUUCACAUGUCAAUGCAACCGUACGUCACACUACGCGAUGCUUCCGUUCUGGAAAGGUAUUGGCUGAAUAGUCGUGGCGUAGGUAUCAAAGUGGACGACUUUAUCCCGCUGCAUGUCAGUAUGAACAACGAUGAUAUGAUGUUGUGUUUAAAAUCUGAAUACGACUCGAUUGUUUACUCCGAUCAAGGAUGGCCCUUUUUAAAACUAAGUUACCAAGUUUGUCUCGGCAAUGACGUAAAAACAACACACCAGUUUAUGUCGAGGAGACAUUUUGAUUUACCCAAGGGCAUGCCGAAUGAGGAUUUACUCCGGUACCCAAUCUGGACCACUUGGCCAACGUAUGCAGGGGAAAUAAAUGAAAGUAGUAUAUUGGAAUUCGCAGAUAAUAUAGAUACAAACUGGUUUUCUAAGGGGCAAUUUGAAAUAGACAGUUUCUGGUCAAAUGAAUAUGGCGACUUCGAAUUUUCGCCUGAUAAGUUCCCCAAUCCCCGGGGAAUGGUAGAUCAUCUCCAUAGUAUGGGGUUCUUAGUGAGUGUCUGGAUAAGCCCAUUCGCCAGCAUAGAUUCCUAUGCAUUCAGAGAGGGGUUGGAAAAAAAAUACUGGAUUUUGGAUAGAAAAUCUCAAACGCCAGCACUUGUGAAAUGGCCGAAUUCGGCUUUUAAUAACAUCGGAGGACUUCUUGACGUCACAAACCCUGACGCUGUGGAUUGGUUUCUGGGAAGACUGGAAAAAUUACGUCAUGAUAUUGGAAUUGAUACCUUUAAGUGUAAAGGCGGAGAAGUAUAUUACCUUCCUAACAGUUAUACAAACAGUCAUCCGUUGCGAAGUCCAAAUGAAUACAGUACAAAAUACGUGGAAAUGGUGGCCAGGCUAGGGGACAGGAUCGAUGUCAACCUUGCUUCUAAAACUCACAAGUUAUCGGUAUUAGUUCGAACGUUCAAUAAAAAUCCCUACCGGAAUUAUAAUAAUGGAAUCAAAAGUAUUAUACCAACUGCACUGACGACGGGAAUUCUUGGUUAUCCAUUUGUUUUACUGGAUAUGGUAGGUGGGGACGCUUGGGAGCAAGGCGAUCUUGACGGUGAUCCUGACAGGGAACUUUUCAUUCGCUGGGUGCAACUGAGUGCUUACCUACCCGUCAUGAAAUUCUCUGUAUGUCCAUGGGAAUUCAACUCGGCGGUUAUUGACAUAACUCGGAAAAUGGUCGAAAUUCACGAACAAGUUGUGACACCUAUUAUUUUGAGAGCAGCGCAUGAUGCAAUUAAAUCUGGUAAGAUUAUACAUCCACCACUGACCCUGGCUGUUUCGUAA